AUGUUGAGGGCUGAGAUGAGCUUUGCAACGGUGAGUAAUUUGGGUUCCCUCAUUAACUUGAAGAAAUUCCAUGGGAGAACUGCUGCGGCGUUUCAGUCCUCAAGUGGGAAAUGGAGGUUUGGUGUGAAUUUCAAUUGUCGGGAGUCGCAGCCUUGCCGCCGGAGGAAAAGGUUGCUGUGCAAGAGUGAAGUUGAUGAUUUCGAGGAGAGGACGAGUCCGCAUGAGAUUGCUGAGCUUUUUGAGUGCACGUCAUGGACAGGGGCUGGUCCAGGUCUAAUGGAUGCUGCUACUAAGGGCGCAUUGCAAGCAGGAAAGCCUGUUGCUGGAUUUAAGAUCGACAAAUGGCAGGUUCUUCUCAGCCAGAAAACACGGCUGGCAGAUGCUGCAGUGAGGAACAAGGCUACUGAUCGGACUGCUGUGGUUGCUCUCCCUGGUGGGAUCGGUACUCUAGACGAGAUGUUUGAGAUAUUAGCAUUGAUUCAGCUGGAAAGGAUUGGGUCAGAGCUUCCGGUACCCUUCAUCGUGAUGAACUAUGACUCGUUUUACAAAAAGCUGUUGGAGUUUCUAGAUGAUUGUGAGUACUGGGGCACUGUUUCGAGAGGUGAGGUUGCGUCGCUGUGGAAGAUAUGCGAGAACAACUCGGAAGCUCUAGCUUACUUGGCUGAUUUCUACCAUCUAUCUCCCUUGGACUGACUGAGAAAGGGAAUUAACCGUGUGCUCAGAAGUGCCACUUUACUUUUGAGUCAUCUUUGGCUAGUCCCAGGAAGUACCUAUUCUUUUUUUUUG